AGAAGAACACACGUCAAAGAAAAAAGAUUGUUCUUUAAGAGAGAGAAAAUAGCUUGUUUUAGCCACACGCAGUCGGUCUCGCGCUCAGUGGCGAUGGACACUAGGAUUGGGUCGGUGGACGCGGCGGUGGAGACCAUGGCGAACGGUAGCGUGGGCAGCCCGCCGACGGCGCACUGCCACCCCAUCGCCCCCGCGGCGCAGGCUGAGGCGGCGGAAGCGACCCUGGGCCGCCACCUGGCCCGGCGCCUCGUCCAGGUUGGCGUCCACGACGUGUUCGCCGUCCCGGGGGACUUCAACCUCACCCUCCUCGACCACCUCAUCGCCGAACCCGGACUCCGCCUCGUCGGCUGCUGCAACGAGCUCAACGCCGGGUACGCAGCCGACGGUUAUGCCCGAGCCCGCGGCGUCGGCGCCUGCGCCGUUACCUUCACCGUCGGUGGCCUCAGCGUGCUCAACGCCAUCGCCGGCUCCUACAGUGAGAACCUCCCUGUUAUCUGCAUCGUCGGCGGGCCCAACUCCAACGACUACGGCACCAACCGUGUCCUCCACCACACCAUCGGCCUUCCGGACUUCUCGCAGGAGCUUCGCUGCUUCCAAACCAUCACUUGCUAUCAGGCAGUGGUGAACCACCUCGAGGACGCUCACGAACUCAUCGACACCGCCAUCUCCACCGCGCUAAAGGAGAGCAAGCCCGUUUACAUCAGUAUCAGCUGCAAUCUCUCCGCCAUCGCUCACCCCACCUUCAGCCUCGAGCCCGUCCCCUUCUUCCUCUCCCCCAGAUUGAGCAACCAGAUGGGGUUGGAGGCCGCCGUCGAGGCGACGGUGGAGUUCCUGAACAAGGCGGUGAAGCCGGUGCUGGUGGGAGGGCCCAAGAUCCGGGUGGCCAAGUCCGGGAAGGCCUUCGUGGAGCUCGCGGACGCCUGCGGCUACCCCAUCGCGGUGAUGCCCUCUGCCAAGGGGCUCGUCCCAGAGCACCACCCCCGGUUCAUCGGCACCUACUGGGGCGCCGUGAGCACGUCCUUCUGCGCCGAGAUCGUCGAGUCCGCCGACGCCUACGUCUUCGUGGGCCCCAUCUUCAACGACUACAGCUCCGUCGGCUACUCCCUGCUCCUCAAGAAGGAGAAAGCCAUCAUCGUCCAGCCGGAGCGCGUCGUGGUGGCCAACGGGCCGGCCUUCGGCUGCAUCCUCAUGAAGGACUUCCUCCGAGCGCUCGCCAAGCGGCUCAAGAAGAACACCACCGCAUACGAGAACUACCACCGGAUCUUCGUGCCCGACGGUCAGCCGCUGGAGUGCAAGCCAAAAGAGCCGCUGAGGGUGAACGUGCUCUUCAAGCACAUCCAGCAGAUGCUGUCCGGCAACACCGCCGUCAUCGCCGAGACUGGCGACUCGUGGUUCAACUGCCAGAAACUGAAGUUGCCGGAAGGCUGCGGGUACGAGUUCCAGAUGCAGUACGGAUCCAUCGGUUGGUCUGUGGGGGCGACGCUGGGGUACGCGCAGGCUGUGAAGAACAGGAAGCGUGUGAUCGCCUGCAUCGGUGAUGGAAGCUUUCAGGUGACAGCGCAGGACGUGUCGACGAUGCUGCGGUGCGAGCAGAACAGCAUCAUCUUCCUCAUCAACAACGGCGGGUACACCAUCGAGGUGGAGAUCCACGACGGACCUUACAAUGUCAUCAAGAACUGGAACUACGCCGGCCUGGUGGACGCCAUCCACAACGGCGAGGGCAAGUGCUGGACGACGAGGGUCCGGUACGAGGAGGAGCUCAAGGAAGCGAUCGCGACGGCGGCGGGGGCCAAGCAGGACUGCCUGUGCUUCAUAGAGGUCAUCGUGCACAAGGAUGAUACCAGCAAAGAGCUGCUGGAGUGGGGCUCCAGGGUUUGUUCUGCCAACAGCAGGGCACCAAAUCCCCAGUAGCAGUGAUCGAUCCCAGCGUCAUCUUCUUCUUUAUCUUGAUCUGUAAUCUGUCAUCUUCUCAUGUUCUUGGUGUAUUUGUCACGAUGCAUGUCAUGAGACUACUUUUAAUCUUCUAAUACGAUAAUAAUCAUCUGUUCCUACAUAAA